AUGGCAGGAUUCUCGCGGCACAUCCUGGAGCUUCUUGAGAAGGUACCCUCUCUCUACCGCGGGCCUGGUGGGGCUGUCGCGGUACUGAGAGAUGGCGAGCUCGUCGGCGAACAUGUUUGGGGCUACGCAAAUCUCGAAAAAAGAAUACCCCUGGAGAGUUCCGCACUGAUGCCAAUUUGCUCGAUUACCAAACAAAUGCUGUGUAUGAUUCUGGUGGAUCUUGAACGCAAUCCCACCUCGGAGAUGGCGAAGCGGGGAGACGUGCGCCAGCAGCUAGCCGACGGCCUGAGGGGAAUAGUCCAAGAGGAGCUUCUUGAGGACACUGGGCUAAAUAUCGAAAAUCUCUGCAAUAACCAGUCCGGAAUUCGUGACUAUUGGGCUAUGUCCAUGUUUUGGGGUACUCAGCCAGAGGGAGUAUUCACACUGUCCGAAGAUGUGAAAAAGGCGCUCAGCCGGACGAAGUCGUUGCAUUUCCCACCAGGAACGCAAUAUGCAUACUCGAACCUCAAUUUCAAUAUUCUGGCACGGGUUGUUGAGAAAGUGACGGGUUCAACACUUGGGGACCUCUUGGCCGAGCGACUCUUCUCUCCCGCUCGCAUGGAGACAGCGGCGUUUUGCGAAGAUAAUGCGCAUCUCCCUGGACCAUGUGUCGGAUAUGAAGGCAAUGAAUCAUUUGGAUUUAUACCAGCUGUCAAUCGUGUUCAGUGGUCUGGCGAUGCAGGUGUGGUGGCUUCGCUGAAAGACAUGAUUGCUUAUGAGCAGUACCUGGACAAAUCCUGGUCCGACGAGCAGAGUCUCUAUCGCGCAAUUGCUAAGGUACCUUCAUUCCAAGAUGGAGCAACUGCAAGAUACGGACACGGUCUAGCCCAUGUCAAAGUUGGAGGUGUCAGUACAAUUGGUCACGGAGGAUCCCUUCGAGGGUACUGUCUACAUAGACUCCAGGUACCAUCCGAGCGAUUGGCAAUUGUGGUUAUGCUCAAUCAUGAAAUCGACGCAGAGACCAUUGCUGAGUAUAUUCUGAAAAAUAUUCUCAAUAUGAACCAACUCGCAUCCUCUCCUCUGAACGAGAUUAUAGUCAGUCGAAGCUGGCUUGGGACAUUUUUCGAUCCUGAUGCCCAACUAGCCCUUACUGUCCGCGAUGCCGGCCCUAACCGUGUGAGCAUACGCUACUCAGACCACGAUGAAACAGUUGUUCUCGUCGACGCGAAUAAAGGAAGUUCGGAGACAAUGUCGGCAAUCUUCAGCGACGAUUCCAUUCAGCUUCAUCGCCAAGAUGACAAUCGAGUUGUUAACGCGAGACGCAUUCCAUCACCCACAGAGCCAAUCAAAAAUGAUUAUGCGGGUCAAUACCGGUGUGAAGAGAUUGACUCGCUUUUCACGUGUACUGGGACAGGAGGCAUGUUGUAUGGAUCAUUCGAGGGCUUUCUGGGCCAUGGUCCAAUGCACUUGAUGCGAUAUCUCGGGGAGGAUAUCUGGUUUCUUACAUGUCCGCGAGGCCUAGAUGCUCCGGCGCCUGGAGAUUGGACCGUUGUCUUUCAGCGAGACGAGAAUGAUGCAAUUGUUAGCAUUGUGAUAGGUUGUUGGCUGGCGAGAAAUGUCCGAUUUAGUAGGCUAUGA